GCUUCGGAAGGACUUCAGCAAUGAAGUUGGUGCUGCAAUGGGAGCAGUCCAAUCCCUUACUGCAGCAGCCUCAUCAUAUGGAUCUGCAGAUCUCACUCAACUUUUUAGAAUUGCAACCCAAGAAGCAAAGAACUCUCGUGCACAGGGUCGUCUUCUUAGAGUGAUGCUCAUCUACUGCAGAUCAUCUAUUCUUCCACAGCAUCAAUGGCCAGUGAACCAAAAGGUCUUCACCUUGGAUGUCCUAUAUCUCCAUGACAAGCCAGGCCCUGAGAACUGCCCACAGAAGGUAUACGAUGUACUGGUCGACGCCCUCGAGCACGUCAGCGAGUACGAAGGCUACAUAUUUGAGAGCGGACAAGGCCUAUCUCGAGUCCUUUUUCGCCAAAUUUGCAUCCUUCUCUCACACCCGCAGCAGCGAUGUGCUCAAGAUGACCUUGACAUACCCAAGUCCCUUGAAAAGAGGCUGCCGCCGGCAACUGAUGCUACAAUUGCCGAAGAGAGCAUCUCCAGCACCAUUCAGUAAGAUUUUACUCUUUCAUUCUAUAUAUGCCGUAGUAUAAUGAAAUAAUUAGAAACAGAACUUUGUUGUGUAAAUGACAUAGGGCUUGUUUGGUCAGCUCAGUAUUUAAAAGUUAUCUUUACAUAGUAGCAGAAAUUUGUCAGAAAUGCUGUUGGUUAUGCAUAUAUAUUUUUGGUUUAAUUUAGAAAACAUAAAGGGUCUUAACCUUGUUAAUUA